CGCAAGACGAGGUUGAAUGAGGCGGUUGGUUGCCACCAUUCCAACAACAUGAGCAGCCAACGUCGUGGUGGUGGUGGGUUUGACAGCCUUGCGUCUGCGAAUGCUGCGGAUGUGUUUGUGAAGCGGUUGAAAGGCGGGUUGCCCGGUCGUGGGUUCCAGCGCAUGGACUACAGCGCUGUUCGUUCCAAGAUCAAGGAGAACAGGAAAGUUGGUGCCCGUGCAGCGGCCAAAAUCCACGGCAUCAAGAAACAAAAGGAAAGCGUCGAGGCGUCCCGCCGUGAUGAGUUCCAUCGGCAAGUGUGGGCCGCAGAGCUGUCACGUCUCAACGCACUCAGUUCGCAGGCGCAGUCUGAGUUUCAGGAGUUCCUUGACAACCUGGCUGAGGAGAGCCGCAGCGAAGACCUUCUUCGCCUCAUCCUCCACCACAACGACAACUGCCAAGACAGCGAGCGGCAGGCGGCCGCCGUCCGCCUCAAGUUCCACGAUGCCCAGGCUGCUGUGCGCCGUGUGUAUCGGAGACACCGCCAAGGCAACAGCUCUGCGCCAACCACACAAUUCGGGCGAACUCCGCACGCGCAACAGCAGCAACGCAGCCGGAACGGCCAUCGUCGCCACACAGCGGCAACAGCACGCUUUGGGCGCUCACCAUCUCAGCGCCAACACCAACACCAGCAUGCAUGGGAGAUGGAACCCGACGACCCAGACACGGCCUUGAUUGUCGGCACACGCGAAGAGUUUGCAGAGACGCUUGCCGUGCUGAGCGAGCAAGAGUCUACACUGCUUGCAGACCUGGUGCAGCUUGGCUGUGUGGAGGGCUGCCGCUUCACGGUACCAGCAGCCUUCCAAGCAACCAGGGUUGAUGGUGAUGAAGACGCUGAUGGUGAUGGUGACGCUGACGAUCAUGGUGAUGAUGAUGGUGGAGACGUAACAUGCAUGCGGGAGUUUGCUGCGUUUGCCCGCAUGUGGCGGGAAGACCUCUCCACCAUCUUGGACGCCUGCAACUUUCCAGACCUGAAGGUCCACCUCACUCAACUCUUUAACGAGAGUUUGCAGCACUGCCGUGAUCGUGUUGUGGACCUGCACGACGCAUAUGUGGACGUCAUAAUGAACCCUUUUGGUGGCUGGGAAGCAAACGACCACUACACGUUCGAAGUCAUCCUCAACGCCUACACGUCCCUCAAGCUCCCCUCCCAAUUCCAGUUCCAAGGGUUGUCGGCGCGUCAAAUGGCGUUUGAGGUGCUGGCCAAGGCGCUUCCAGGAAAGAAACGACAGGCGCUCACAGAUCACGAGGAUUUCGUUGCCGCGUGCACCUUCUUUGCAAAGAUGCAGCGGGAGGUUCGGCACGCCAACACGCGCGAGAUGGGGGCGUGUCUGGAUGACAUUCGCGCGCUGCUGGCGGAGGAGUUGCAGCGGGAAGAGGAGAGGAAGCAAACACUGGCAGAGCAGGCGCGACACCAAGAAAUGCAGCUGGAACGCAUGCAACGUUUGCUAGAGUUGCGCCGCCUCCGCCUGGAACGCGUUGAACAGGAGAUGAAGCAGCAACGUGAGCUUGAGGCGCAGGCGCGUGCUGUGCAGCGCAAGGAGGAGCAGCGUGAGCACCGCUAUCGUGAACGCAUCGCCCGCGCAGUCAAAGCAUUCAAAGAGGACAAAGCACACCUCGAGGCCCUUGCAAAGGAGCAGGAAGAAGGAAGGCUGCAGCAGAUUCAGGAACUGAAGCGACAGCAGGCGGUGGAGAAUGCAGAGCGUGUCUCGUUCAGGCACGGCCAAUACGAGGAGAAGUUGGAGGAACGCGAGGCAAGGAAGGAGGAAGAAUCACGGGUUGCUCGUGAUAGGGAGGCGCGCCUUGAAGCACUUCGCAAACAGGUGCGCCCGACAAAUCUCCCGGAUGACCCGGGCCGAUUGCUGCGGCCAACAAAGGCCAUGGACGCGGCGCGGAAGGAGGCAAAGCGCGACCGCGAGAUCAGGAGCAUGCUGCCGAAUAUGGACGUCAUUGGCUAUGAUGACAAGCGUAUCACCGCAGACCCGCGCUUCAAGCUGGCGCAGGCGCUGAACAAGGCCGGCCUUGGGAAAUCCGAGUAUGCGCGCCAAGCAAUGCUGUCGAUGCCGGGUGCUGUUCAGCCGAGGCGAGAUGCGCAGAGCACUCUGUUCCGGCCAGACGGCGGGUUUACUCAACGUUCAAAAAGGUGAUUUUGUUGGAGAUGGUGCAGUACCCUACCACCACGGACUCAGUCAACACACACACACACACACACACACACACACACACACACACACACGCACACACACGCACACACACACACAUCCACGCGGCACAAGGUUUAACUCAUUAAAUGCACACGAGC